AUGUUGACGCGACUUUUCAGCGAGCCCAGCCUGGUCCCCGAAGUCCCGAAAUUCCCCGGUUGGGCCGAGGAGUGCGAGGAGGAUGCCCGGAGCGAGAAGGAGGAGCGGGCGGGGAAGGGCUGCGCCCUUCCCGAGGAGCCGCCCGAGGGUUCGCUGGGAGAGAGCAAAGAGGAAGGGGAGCUAGGAGGGGACGAGGAGGAGGAGGAGGAGGAGGAGGAAGGCCUGGAGGAGGCGGAGGGCGAGCGGCCCAAGAAGCGCGGCCCCAAGAAGAGGAAGAUGACGAAGGCUCGGCUGGAGCGGUCCAAGCUGCGGCGGCAGAAGGCGAACGCCCGGGAGAGGAACCGGAUGCACGACCUGAACGCGGCCCUGGACAACCUGCGCAAGGUGGUUCCCUGCUACUCCAAAACCCAAAAACUCUCCAAAAUCGAGACCCUCCGCUUGGCCAAGAACUACAUCUGGGCUCUCUCCGAGAUCCUGCGCUCGGGCAAGCGGCCCGACCUGGUCUCCUACGUGCAGACUCUGUGCAAGGGGCUGUCCCAGCCCACCACCAACCUGGUGGCCGGCUGCCUCCAGCUCAACUCCCGCAACUUCCUGACGGAGCAGGGGCAGGAGGGGGGUCGGUUCCACGGCCCCAACGCCGCCUCCUUCGCCGUGCACCCCUACCCCUACCCUUGCUCGCGGCUGGCCGCGGCGCCCUGCCCGCCCGCCGCCGGUCCCGGGCCGCACGGGCUGAGGACACACGGCUACUGCGCCUCCGCCUACGAGAGCCUCUACGGCAACACCUCCCCCGACUACAACAGCUCGGAGUACGACGGGGGGCUCAGCCCCCCGCUCUGCAUCAACGGCAACUUCUCCCUCAAGCAGGACUCUUCAUCCCCCGACCACGAGAAAAGCUACCACUACUCUAUGCACUACUCGGCGCUGCCCGGCUCCCGGCCCGCCGCCCAUAACCUGGUCUUCGGGUCGGCGGGGAUGCGCGGGGGGGUCCACUCCGAGAACAUCUUCCCCUACGACAUGCACCUCCCGCACGAGCGGGGCCCCAUGUACGAGGAGCUCAACGCCUUCUUCCACAACUGA